UGACGACUUGUUUAUUUUUCGUGUUGUGUAUUGAUCAUGGUUUUGAUUUUAUAAAGAGCACAUGGAUUAGACAUGUUAGAAGCAUCAUUUAAAAAUACUUGUAGCUCUUAAAAAUUUAAAGAUAAAUGUUUCCUUGACUCUGAAACUGAAUCUUCAAAACAAUUUUUGAUACUUAAAAAUAUCAGUAUCUUCAUUACUAUUAGUUUAAUUAAUCUUGCGAAAUUACAGAAAAAUAUUAUAUACAAAAUAAGUCACAAUGACUGUUGAAACAAAAUGUAUUUAUUGUAGUUGUUCAUGUAAUAAAUCUCCAAACUCAAUGGACUGGGGAACAAAUGGAUUUAUUUGUUAUGCUGCUUGUAAUUCAAUCCAUAUUUAUGAAUAUGAGGAUAAUAAAUUUCCUCAUCAUUAUAAGACAUUAAAUUGGCACAAAAAAUUAGUAACUUCUGUGCACUGGAUUAAAAGAAGCAAUAACAGUGAAAAUGAAUUGAUUGCCACUUCUGCAGAUUUUACUGCUUCAGUUUGGACUUACAAUGGAUCAGAGUUCAAAUUUUCUUAUUCUUUGGUUGGUCAUACUGGAGUUGUAAGAAGUGCUUCAGGAAUUUAUUUACAAGAUAAAGGUUGCGAAAAACUGAUGAUUGUAACUAUGUCAAUUGAUUGCUCUGUGAAAUUAUGGAUUUGUGAAAAAGAUUCUGAAGCUUUAUGCAUCCAGACAAUAUCGUUUGGAAGUGGGUUUGGUCUUGAUGCUAAAUUUGCAGUACUGAAUAAUCCUGAUGAAUUAAUUUUACUUGUUGGUGCUGAUGACUCAAGAAUCCAUUUGUAUACUCAAGCUAAGGACAUGACAUUUAUUCCUACAGUUCAGCUAAAAGGACAUCAAGAUUGGAUUCAAAGUAUAGAUGUUAUUAGGGAAAGUCAAUCAGCAUUACUGAUUGCUUCAGCAUCUCAAGAUUGUCACAUAAGAAUAUGGAAAAUCUCACCUGUGCAAGAAAAGCACAUGGAAGCAGAUCUUAACGAACUACAAGUUGAUGCCGUUACAUUUUCUACAGUGGCAGGUAAUGCAUACUCUAUAUCUCUUGAAUCAGUUAUAAGUGCUCAUGAAAAUUGGGUUUAUUCUGCUCAUUGGAGACAAAGCAGAGAUGAGAGUGGAAAUACAAUAUUACAGAUUUUGUCAGCUUCAAUGGACAAGACUUUGAUCGUGUGGGAGUUAGAUUCAAAUUCUAAUAUCUGGCUAGAAAAAGUUCGACUUGGAGAAGUUGGUGGGAACACAUUGGGUUUUUAUGGUGCAUCUUUUUCACCCAAAGGAGAUAUCAUCAUUGGACAUGGAUAUCAAGGAGCUGUUCAUGUGUGGAAACUAAAUUAUGAAGAAGAUUCUUGGCUCCCUGGGCUUUCAUUUGGUGGUCAUUAUGCAAGUGUGCAAGAUAUAGGCUGGGAUCCUGAUGGAGAAUACUUAAUGAGCUGCAGCACAGACCAAACUAGUCGAUUGCAUGCUCCAUAUGUUGCUCAUGGGAAAAAGAAUAGCUGGUAUGAAAUUGCUCGACCGCAAGUGCAUGGGUAUGACAUGGUAUGCUUAAGUAUUUUGAAUCGUUUCAAGUGUGUGUCUGCUGGUGAUGAGAAAGUACUUCGAGUUUUUGAGGCCCCUAGAAAUUUUGCUGACACAUUGAAAAAUAUAGUGAAAUUGGAUAUUGAUUCAUAUGUUAAAGAUAAGAUGGCUGAAGGUGCAAGUGUCCCAUCACUUGGUUUGUCAAAUAAGGCUGUAUUUGAGGAAGACAUAAUCAAAGUCAAAGACUCUUUAGAUGACCAAAAUUCUAAAAAGACUUUUAAAGAUCAAUAUCCUGAUUUUUACUACACACCUGUUGAAGUAACUGAACCUCCCACCGAAGAAAAUUUACUCCAAAAUACAUUAUGGCCAGAAACUCAAAAAUUGUAUGGACAUCCUUAUGAAGUAUUCAGUGUUACAUCAAAUCAUGCAAAAACAUUAGUUGCUUCUGUGUGCAAGGCUUCAAAAAUUGAAUAUGCUGGAAUUAUUUUGUGGUGUACAUCUACGUGGAAGCAAAUAGGAUAUUUAUCAUUUCAUACAUUAACUAUUACUCAAAUUGAAUUUUCUCCUGAUGAUAGUUACCUACUGUCAGUGUCUAGAGAUAGAAUGUGGGCUAUUUAUAAACAUUUCCCCUCUGAAUCUCCACCUUACCGGAAAAUAGCCAAUCUAGAUAGAAAGCUUGGAAUACAUUCAAGAAUUAUAUGGGGUUGUUCCUGGACAUUUGAUAGUUUAUAUUUUGCUACAGCUUCAAGAGAUAAAAAAGUUGCUAUAUGGGGUAAAGAUAUAUCUAAAGAUGCUGAAAAUUUUUCAUUGCAAUCAGAACCAUUAGAAGUUGAGGAUGCCGCAACUGCAGUAUCUUUUGCUCCUGGCUUAUUUCAAAACAAGUAUAUUAUUGCUAUAGGACUAGAAAAUGGAUCCAUCAUGUUAAGUUCUUGGUCUCUAAAUAUGAGUUGGUGCACCCUUCAAAUAUUAGAUCAAAAUACUGCUCAUCAUUUGAAUGUAAAUAAAUUAAGGUUUUCUCCUGUUCAUGGGGAAGCUGGUUCUAAGCAAAAGAAUGAGAAGAUUUUGCAACUUGCUAGUUGUGGAAAUGAUCACCAUGUAAAAGUUUAUAACAUUUACUUCGACUCGCUCACAUAAUUUCACCUGUUUUAUAUAAAUUAUUAUAUUUUAAUUAAUAAAAAUUUAAGUUUUUUAUUGUC